AUGCCUGACGAGGUGAAGAUGGAGCCUCUGCUAUCACCACCUAUCCAGGACGCAGGGCCCGAAAUCAGUGCUUUCAGCGCCGUCACGGUCCCUGUCCCGGCAUCUAGUCUUCGCUCUCGCUCCUCCUCCUCCAACAAAUCCAGCCAUGCUCUCCGCCUUCCUCCCUUCGAGCAACUAGGCAUCGCUGCACCGCACCCGGACCGGCCAGGAAGUGCUCCCGGCCCCGCCGCCAGCUACGCCCAUGCUCCGGUGUUUGAGGAUCAGAAGCCUGCUGUGGUCCGUGGCGAUGGCCGCGCAGUUCGGUCGCCUAUCUAUCAUUACGUUGAUACCCUCACGCCGCCGACUGAGACUGGACCGCCGGUGUGGGAUUUGCAAUCCCCGGUCGAGACGGGCGGGAUGCACUCGGCUUCCGCGGACUCUGCGGAUGCUGUAGGUGGCUCACCAGAUGCUGGUGUCGAUGUCACGUCAGCGGGUACGACGAGUGCGGCCGAGGCAGUGGAUGCAGCGGAGCCGUCGCUUGCGGACUCGAGUGUUGUCGAAGGGUCUCAUGCGUGGAUCCAAGGGGCUCUUGAUGUACUGCUCGACAACGUUCGCCAAGGCAUGUCGCCGGCCGGCACGCUCAAAAUACUCUCCCACGCUCUACCUAGGACCUCCGCAACUGGCCACGUCUUCGGUACGGUGGUUGGCCACAUGCACGCAUCUCGCCCUGCUUCACCCAUCAGACCGGCAAACUGUAUCAAUGUCCUCCACGCCAUUCCCGUCGCAAUCGGCCGCUUCAAUCUCGCGGACUUGCCAUCGACACCCCCGAUUUCUCCCGCGCUCGCCGUCGACGGCGACUACUUUACCCAGACCUUCGAUUCCGCGGUACUGGUAUCAGACUACCAGGAUAAUGCGUUGGCGACGCCUCGCACGCCACGACCCAUUGUCCCGCCCGCCUCGAUCGAUGUGGCCAUCGUAGAGCGCUACAUCCCGCCCUCGACAUCGCACGAGUUCGCGGAGAUGUUCAACCCCAAUGGCUCCUCGAUUCUCGUUGACCGACUCAUCGAGCUAUCCCCGCACAACGGAAGUCUACUAUUCAUCUACCCCACCCGCCGAGGCGGCCGAACCUUUAUGAAAGACUACCUAGGCCCCAUCCUCGACCCGCUCCUCCGCACCAUGGUCGUGGUCCACGGUCUAUCAACAGCCCUCUGCUCCUCCAUCGGCACCAUGACGGCCGUGGAGCACCUCCCACACUACGACUCCAUGCUGCUCCGCAUGGCCUCACUCUGCGACAUGCUCACAACACAACAAGACACGAGCGCGCGCCGCUUCCACGGCAGCCGCUCGACCUUCUCCCUUUCGUACGCCGCGCGGCACCGCGUGAAACUCGAGCGCGGCGUCUGGGCGCGCGAGUGGUGGACGAAGCAGGAGAAGAACCGCAUCAAGCAGAUCCUCGACACGCACUGGCGCGACAACGAGGCGCGCAAGUCGGGCUUCGAGCACGCUGGUGCUGGGGCGGGGGCGGCGGCGCAUCAGGCGACGUCGUCUACUGUGUUGCUACAACAUUUGCUUGAUGGGGUUGUGGGGAGGGGAGAGCUGGAGAGGGACGAGCCGGAGGGAGAGGGGAUUGAAGUGGGUGUGUUUGUGCUCAAGCGGUCGUUGUAG